GUAUUUCAUAUAAAAACGGGAAUAACAUUUGAAAAAUUAUCACUACUUAAACCCAACUGGACAAGCAAGCAAGACAAGCAAAUUUACAUAAUUUACAUUUAUAUAACUUAACCUUUGCCCCUUUUUGUAGGAAACAUUUUAUUCACGUUUGAAACUAUGGCCAAGCGAAAUUUCUCAAAUUUUUCCAAUUUUACCUCAACCAUUCUACUCAUUUUUGGAACAAUGUGUAUGGCACGAGCGCAAUAUCAAUCUCAGAUUAACGCUCUAAACGCAAGGAUCACCAGUGUAGAUGGAAAAACGACUGCCAACUCGAAGAAAAUCGACUCUUUGGAUUCCAGAUUGACAAACUUAAGGAGCGAAAUGUACUCCGAAAUCAAUCAUUUAUCAAAUCGGAUUUACACCCUAAGAGCAAAUGUGACACAAAUGAGGAACGAAAUUGAAUCAAACAAAGUGCAAAUCGAAUAUGCAAAUAACAGGAUUGCUGAGCUUUCCACAUCACUGAACGCUGCGAACAGUAAAAUCACCAAAUUACAGUCUAUCAAUCAAGUAUGGGCAAAAAAUUGGCGCAUUGUUGACAAAACUUUUAAAGAAUUAAGGAAGAAAGUUACAUUUGCUACACCGGUUUUAGCCGUUGCUGUAGUUGGCCGUUAAUGAUUAAGAACAUAAUUUUAGUGUAAAAUUUUUAGAUAAAGUUUUAAAUUUCACCUAUGCAUAACAUUAAGGCUAAUUACUUACAAUUAAUUUGUUAGUUGUUAGUUACCUACAUUUUUUGUUAAUUUUGUAUGUAUCUAUUUAAAUGUAACUAAUUACGCGAAACUGCGUGUCGCGUGUUGCCAAAAUCUCAUGAAUAACAAAAUAUCUAUGCAUUAUUGCAUAAAAAAAUGACCAAACCUGGUUUUU